AUGGCGGCGGCGGCCUUGUACCUGGAGCACUACCUGGACAGUGAGUGAGUGCGGCGUUGGGCAGAGGGAACGGGAGGGAAACAGGCCCAGGCCAAAGCCGGGCGGGGGCCACGCCGGCAAUUGCGGCUGCGUCACACAGACCCGGCGAGGGAGGGGGCGGCGGGCGAGGUUUCUUGCUGCGUCAUUGCGACGCGUAAAGGAGGGAUCUCCGCACCGGCCUUCUAAGGGUGCAGCUGCGUUCCUUGGCCACCAGGGGCCGCUCCUGCUCUACUCCUACGAGCGCCUCCUGUCAGACGAGCAGCAAAAACACCCCUCCCCCAUGCUUUUAAGGCGCGUCGUGUUGCGCAUUCUCCAGGAUUGCCACCUAAAAAUAAAUAAAAAUGUCAGGGUUCCUAUUCUUUCCCCACCCGUGUGACCAGUAGAAAUUCAGCAAGUCAGGUGGCGAGGAAAGCUCCAUGAUUUGUAGACGGCUGUUGAAUUCAACAUAGGAAGCCAAGGCAGGGCAUAAUACUAAUACUAUUAAUAAUAAUCGCUUUAAUAUUCCCAUUUAUUCAGCCCCGUGCAUCAGUACUUCCUUAGCAAAGCUGCAGACCUCUCAACUUAAAAGGCACAUGGUUAUUUUAUUCUUAAAAUCUGUAUGCUGUUUUAUUGUUAAAACCUCUAAUCCGUUUAUGUAGAGCAUAAUAUACACAUUAAAGUUAUGAAUAAAAGAGAAUAAAAACAAGCUGACCGAAAGAAAACACAAGUUUUCAUAAAAUAUAUGUAUUUCAGCGCUUGUUAACUUUACAUACCUUGUGCCAAUGUGUUGUGCAGUAGGGAAGCAGAUGCUCACCAAAUGCAUAAUUGGAGUGGAAAGCUCCAAACACAAAGACACCCAAGAAGCCUAAAAAAUGAUUUUUUGUGGAAGGGGUAGCAGACACACUUCCUUAGCCAUAGCACCAGCUGGGCUUGGAAUGCUUCUGUCUCCUUCCUCUUUAGCAGGCAAGUGAAAUUUCCUGCUCCCCUAUGGGACAACUUGUAUUUGAAGAGUCUCCAUGUUUACUUGUUGAAAGGAUGUCAUUUGGCACGUGGGCAUUGAAGCCCCCUGCAAAAGAGGAUUAGACAGAUUCAUGGAGAAUAACGUUAUCAAUGCCUACCAGCCACCAUAGCUAUGCUUUGCCUCCAUGGUAAGAGAAGCAAUAACGCUUCUGAAUACUAGUAGCUGGAAACUACAGGAUGAGAGAGUACUUUUGUGCUCAAGUACUGCUUGAAAUUUUCCCACAGGCAUCUGGUUGGCCACUGUGACGACAGGAAGCUAAGCUAGAUAAGCUAUUGUCCUGACCCAGCAGACUCUUCUUACGUUCUUAUAGUGGGACCAUAGAAUAGAAUAAUCUACUUCUUCUGGACUCUUCGUGAAAACUGAACUUGUAGAUGUUUGCUUCCUUGAUGGGCAGAGCAAUCCUAGCCAUGGCUAGGUGGCAGCAGGACAUGACUGCUACAGCCCCACUGCUCACACUGACGAGGGUGGAAGGGCAGGCAGAAUGGAGCUGGCAUACUAAUUGGGCCAGAUGCCAUAAAAUUAUGGCAGUAGGACCUACUCAAGUUCUAGUGGAUCCCAGAGCAGCUUAGUUCUUCCCCACUCCUGGAUUGCCCUAUUUCGAGGCUUUCUGUUGAAUACUAGCGGAAAUGGGAAGCUCCACAGUCGAGAAGUGACACUGAUGCCACUCCACAGGCAAAGACAAGUGGAGCUGCUCUGGGGUGGGCAGAGGGAGACCUUUGCUCUGUCUUGGACGGAGCUGGGAGGCAAAGUCUGAACAACUUCUAGAGGGUCACAGGUUCCCCGUCCCUCCUGCACUUAACCAUGGUUGAACAUUAUAUCUGAACAGGGCCACAGUGACAUGUGAGAAGAUACUGAGGUUGGUGGUAGCAAUGAGCCCCAUGAGUCUCUGAUCAUUCAGAGAUUUCAAGCUUAGAAGAUUCCCCUUGGGAUCCAGCCAAAGGUUUCCUGGUCUCUGGUACCUGCCCCGUAGAUAGUGGGAGCACCCAGCUCAACAUGCCAUAUACAACAGGGAACAGAUAAAGAGGAAGGUGGUAGGGUAAGGUAUUUAUGGAAAAUAGGGUACCUGGCGAGGUUUAUGGGUGCUUUUUGUUAUGCGUAGUUGGUUUGUGAACAUAACUUUUAUAUUAAGAAAGUUAUGGUAGAGAGGGGACUGCAGCAUUUCUGUUUUUGUAUUUCAGGCAUUGAAAACCUCCCUUGUGAGUUGCAAAGGAACUUCCAACUUAUGCGUGAGCUGGAUCAGAGAACAGAAGGUGUGUUCAGGUAUUCUGGUUCACAGAUCUUCUUGUGUGCUCAGCUCAUAUUAGAUUUGCACACAUCUGAGAUUCACUUGUCAUAUAUAUUCACUGGGAAAGUGAGAAGUAGCCCAUAGCAGAGUUCCUUCAGCCUCCCAAGUUUUUGCUAUUUCAGUGCAACAUGAAGAUGGGGUGUGUGUGUGUGUCAUAGUGUGGCCAACAACUGAUUCCAUUGUUUCAUGUGCACCACUUCUAACAAAGCUUGUAGGAGCAGAAUUAUAUAAUGCUGUAUUUACAUUUGAGUUUGACAAAAGCGUGUGAAGGACUGUAGAUGUGUAUGAAUUGAUCUUGCAAGCACAGUCUUGCUACUUUUUAGUCCGUUGUGCCUUACUAAGGUUGGAGAACAUGCCUUCUCAUUUGAACUUUUAGAAGCACAACUCAAGAAUUCAGCUGGCACAUGUGCUUUGGUUUAGUUGCAAGUAUUUUAAAAUGAGGGAACAAAGGACCAAUUAAGUGGUCAGAUGAGAAAGAGGACAGGACUCCUUUACUUUUAAUAGCUGUGUAGCUGAGGGAAUGUCUGCAGGUGUAGCUUGCAUAACAAGCUAUGCCUCCUAAAAAUCCUUUUUUACACAGCCACUGAAUGUUCAGAAGCCCUGUACCUUUCCUCCCCUGGCUACCCCCAGAGAGACAUUUCUUUCAUGGUUUCUAAAAAGGUUUCCAAUUGUGAAACAUAUAGUUUGAUCCUAAAUCAGUUUACUUACAAAUAAUCCCACUGAGUUCAAUGGGAUUUUCCCGCAAGUAAAUGAGCUUUGGGUUGCAGCCUCACAGCUCAGUCUUACUCAAAAUUAAGCCCCAUAGAGCUCAACGAGGCUUACUUCUCAGGUAAGUGAGUAUAGGGCUGCAACCUCAGUCUCACGCACAUACUGUCUCCCAUUGCUCUUCAGACAAGAAAGCAGAAAUCGACAGUCUUGCUGCUCAGUACAUUUCAACAGUGAGGAAUUUGUCAUCAGAGCAACGGGUGGAAAUCCUGCAGAAGAUUCAGAAUGCUUACGCAAGAUGCAAAGAGUACAGUGAUGACAAAGUGCAGCUGGCCAUGCAGACCUAUGAGAUGGUAAGGUUAGAUUAGGUAGACAGAGGACUUCUGUUUCAAAAUGAAAAAUCCACCCUCUGUAUUUCUUACUUCUCCCAUAGCUACCUUUGAAGCUUGUAUUACAGGUACUAGUCUUUCUGCGUAAUUAGUAGCUGUCGACUGACACAGACAUGAGGAUCCAUGAUCCCGGGUUCAGUCAGAGAUAAAGAAGAUAAUAGGCAGGCUUGCGUCAUACAUUCUCUACUUCAAAAAGAAUCCUGAUGGGGACUGGAAUUGUGUACAAGGUUGUGACCUCCCCCUGUUUAAUCUUUUACAGUCUGGGAGCAAUGGGGCAAAGACCUGAGGCUAAAGUUAUGGUGCUGGCAAGCAAGUGGAUUUGUCAGCAGUGCAUUUAUCAAAAUUCUUUCUGUGGCUACAUGUUCUUAUUCACUGGACUAUUACAUUGGAGAGAAAGUUGUGUUGUGAGGCAGUGCAGGAAUCUUCACUGCUUUGAGAAUCCAGGCUAUGGGGUUUAUAGUGAGGGUCGAUACAAUUAGACUUGCUAGGAUUCAUGGCUCUCUGUUGUGGGAAGGGUUUGGGGUGGUCAAGGAUCUGCCACAUUUCCUUAAUCUGUACAUAUGUGAAUGAUUAUGGGUAUUUCCAGACAACUUGUCCAUUGAGCAUUUACCCCGAUUUGUCAGCACAAGUUUAUGGGGAGCUUAGAUGUUGGCUACUUAAUGAACAUUUGUUCUGAUUUGUUUGUGAGGUUAGAUGACAUUGAGUCAAAGCAAGUGUUAUCCCAGUGCAUUUUCAUGUCACUUUCCUUAAUCACCAAAAAUCUGAGCUUUGGGGGAAGCAGGUUUCUUUCACAAGACCUCCCAAUCAACUAUAUUUUGCAACCUGAGUUUGCUGGUCUGUGAUUGAAUCCCACCUGAAAAUAGGAACUGUCUGGAAGAGUCUCAGGACUACAGAGGGAUUGUGUGAUUUGUAUUGACCACCUUCCUAUGGUAGCUGGUUUUUCUGCUCCCUUCCUCCCUCUGCUCCCUAAAUAGUCUGUGAGUGGCUGUGGUUAACGCACACACCAACCACAGGUCAGAUGAGAGAGGUGUGUUGAGGUGCAUUGCAUACCAGAAAAGGAAGAUAGCAAGUUGAAUCCGAUGAUUUCUAGAGAUAUUAUUGGAUUUAGUUUUCUUUAGCUGUGUGGUCUCUCUUUCUGAUGUAGGUAGAUAAGCACAUUCGACGGCUGGAUGCUGACCUGGCACGAUUUGAAGCUGACCUGAAGGAUAAGUUGGAAGGCAGUGACUUUGAAAACCCUGCAACGCAAAACCUAAAAAGUGUGUACAUUAUGAAUAGUGUCAUCUCACUGUGAGGAAAUCCUUCUAUAUACUUUUUUAAUUUUAUUUUUAUCAUUAUUAUUAUUAUUAUUAUCAUCAUCAUCUAUUAGACUUACAAAACAUUUAAAAACAUAAACACUAAUAUAUUAUACAAUAAAAAACAGAACAAAACAACCCCCAUAACAGCUACAGGAAGCUUUUGGCAGCACUCUAGUACCAAAGCAAACAUCUUAUGUGAGUCUAUUGAAAGCCUGGGGGGUGGGGAAUAUAAGUCAUUACCUGGUGCCAGAAAGAUAUCAACAAAGGCACAAGGCAGACCUUUCUUUCCUAGUAAAAGCUGUUUCUCAUACAUCAUGAGAGUCUUGUAUAAAAAGCAUACAUGCCUGCUAUGAGGAACAAAGGGAGAAAUAAGUGAGGAGAGACAGAAUUGAGCCAUAGUUUUUCUUCAAUAUGGUUCCCAUAAUUUUGGCAUAAAGCAGGCAAAAUUAUGUUGAUUAAGUUAAUAUUAGGAAGCGUACUCCUACCUCAAACCACAAAUCCACCUGGUCCAAUUUUGCUUUAUAACCUGUGUAAAUUCUUCCACAAGGUAUUGUGCAUUGACAGUGGCUUCAAUGUUCCAAAGGUCUUACUCAUACAGAAAAUAAAGCAAUACCAAGUUUCUCCAAACUCAGUUUCUAAUCCUUUCGCUUCUCUUAGUAAGUUUUUUUGAUAAAGCAGUUUGCCUGUGGAUUGCAUUUUGUUCCUCUGAAAUUAUAUAUUUGUUAUAAGAUCAUAUAUAGAACAAAAAUUCUAUUAAAAUAAGAGUCUGGUGCACAGUGUUAACAGGGUAAAACUGUAGUAGUAUUUUUUUUAAUGAUUAUACAUAUAAACAGCUUAGGGUGAUUUGCAGGUAUGUAUAUAUGAGCUAUUUUCAUUUGAAUUAUUGUCAGAAGCAAAUUUAUCAAACAUUAGUUUACUAGGUACAAUCUUCAAUGUAUUUUACAAGGAAGUAAACCUCAUUUGACUUGGUGGGUCUUACUUCUAAGUAAACCUGUUUAGGAUUUUACUGUUAGACACUUCUUGAGUGUACGAGUAGAGUACAUUGUUAUUUAUCUUAAUGCUCUAGCUGACAGCCAAGUGAUUUGAACAAUCGUACAAAAAGAUACAUAAGAUUGUUGUCCAACAGGUAGUAUCUUAGUAAUUUUGGUUAGUUACAAAUUUUACAAAUGUCAAGUUCAGAUAAUAGGGGAAGUUGUGCUGGAUAAAAUUGUAGAAUUCUUUCAAUGUAUAGCUACAUCAGAGGUUGCGUUGGCAAAUGGCUUCUGAACAAGGAUAACUUUCCAAUUUAUAUAAAGUCUGGAAGAAUAGAUGAGAGAAAAAAGAAAAAUUAAUCAUUUUUUAAUCAUUAUGGUGCUUCAAAAAAAUUGCAAUGGUACCUUGAGUUACAAACACCUUGGGUUACAGACUCCGCUAACACGGAAGUAGUACCUCAGGUUAAGACCUUUACCUCAGGAUGAGAACAGAAAUCACGUGGCGGCAGUGUGAGGCCCCAUUAGCUAAAGUGGUACCUCAGGUUAAGAAUGGUUUCAGGUUAAGAACGGAUCUCCGGAAUGAAUUAAGUUCGUAACCAGAGGUACCACUGUAUAGUAUAAAACCUCUGGUUUUUCUUCUUAUGGUGUAGUUAACCAGAAAUAACUGUCUUUCAGAGGGGCGAACUCCAAAGGAUAAGAAAAGCUCACGGGGUCGAGGCCGGCGAACAUCUGAAGAAGAUGUCCCAGUUAAAAAGAAACCAAAACGAAGGUAAGUGACUGCAGUCUGCAGUUAGCUUGUUCAGAGCAGCUUCCAUUUGGAAAAAAAAAUUUGCCAAUGUGCCAUAGUAACCAGAUUUUUUGGCAUCCUUAGUUUCACAUGCUUUAUACUUUCUCCACUAUUUCUGUCUUGGUACUCUUCAAACUAACCGACCUCCCAAAUAGUUCUAGUUAGUUUCAAACUGGAGAUUUAUUUUUUUUACCAAAAAUCACUGGCAUUUACUCAAUAUUUGUUCACGUUGCUCCCAUUGCAGGUCUGAAUUAGCUGAUACCAUCCUGUCGGUUCAUCCUUCAGAUGUCCUAGAUAUGCCGGUGGAUCCCAACGAACCAACGUAUUGUUUGUGUCACCAAGUAUCCUAUGGAGAAAUGAUUGGCUGCGACAAUCCUGAUGUAAGUACUGAGAUAACCCUGUGUGGCCGUACACACGCCUCCCUCUUCAAAUUCUGCGUGAAGGUACUUCCUUUAGAAGACUCGGAACUAUGCAAGGGAAAGAACCCCAUCCAAGUGACCAAUAGAAGCUGCUUCCAGACUUCCCCUGGUUUCUGAGCACAAAUUUGAAAGCACUUUUCUACAGCAAAAAAUCGUAGCUUACAUAUAUUAAAUGAAAAGGCAGAUCUGGAUCUUAGGACUCACUGGAUUUGAUACUUCACUCCAUAUUUGAAGUUGUUUCUGCACCUUUUGUACAUAUACAGCCCUGAGGUCAUGUCUACACCCCAAGCUAACUUGCUUCUAUUUUCCCACCCUGGAAUCUUCGGAUGAAGGGCAUUAUACAAAUUUUAAUAGUAAUAAUGAUAAUCGUUUACAUCAUGCUUUACAGGCCAUUUGCAGUGAGUAGUCCAUCCUGUGUCUGCAAAAUUUGGGCACUUCGCAAGCAACAAAGGGCUCAUGAAGUUUCCUGUGUAAUGUGCAGUAUAUGCCCCUUCGAUUGUGACAUGCCAGACACCAACUAGGCUCCCGUUUCUGUUAAAUCUGAUAAGAUAAAUUAAUGUUAUCAAGCUCUCUAAGAAAAAACAUCUUUUUAUUCUUCCCCAAAAUAUAGUGCCCAAUCGAAUGGUUCCAUUUUGCUUGUGUGGACCUCACCACGAAACCCAAAGGGAAAUGGUAGGUGUCAUGAAUUUCUACACUUGUGUUUUCUUCACUUAAUUUUCUUCAUUGAUGCUUUCUUUACUUUACCAUAACAAAAGCACAAAGGUCCUUGGCUCACAAUCUAAAAGAGACAGCAAGGUGAUAUAAAGGGGUGGGGCUGCCCUUUGCCAACCUGGUGCCUUCCAAAUAUUUUGGACCACAGCUCCCAAAAGCCACAGCGGCAUGGCUAUGCUGGCUGCAGCUGAUCGGAGGUGCUGUUCAAAACAUGGUAAAGACUAGAACCAGGAAGUCAAAUGUAUAAUUCUUGAGUUUUCUUUUCCCGCAAAUGUGAAAUGCUCCCAAAGUCAUGCAUUGAACUGAACACAGUCAUUCUUUUUCUUUUUUUAACCCUUAGGUUUUGUCCUCGCUGUGCUCAGGAGAAGAAAAAGAAGUAG